AUGUUCCUGAGCUUCAAUGGAACCCAAGAGAAUGCAUUGUCCGGUAACCUGUGGCAGCCGCGCAGGAUAGGACAAGAAGAUGCAGCGGGAAUUCCAUUCGUCAGCUCUGGGAAGUCGAUUGAGAAAAAGGAAAUGUGUCGUCCGGUAAUCUGCAGCAGCAGCUCAGAGAAGACUAAUUACAGCCACAACCAAGAGAAAUCAUUGGACGUUUUACAAUCAAUCGUGGAAGACCCUCAUUAUACUCUUCGCAAAGCUGCUCAAGAGCAUGGCCUCGACGGUACUUUGAAUAGGCAUAACUGCAGAUAUUGGGAUAAUGAAAAUCCUCAUUGGAAGCGAGAAAAUAACACGCAAUAUCCCGAGAAGCUAAAUGUUUGGGCUGGAAUAUUAAACGAUCAAAUAAUUGGUCCAUUUCUUAUUGAAGGAAAUUUAAAUUCCGAACAAUAUGAGGAUAUGCUUCGCAAUGAAAUAGUCCCUAGAAUAAUGGAGAUAACUGGCCAAAACUUUGAGCACACUUACUUUCAACAAGAUGGUGCUCCACCACACUAUGGAAGAAAUGUGCGCAAUUAUUUAGACGUCGUUUUUAAUGAUAGGUGGAUAGGGCGUAGAGGAUACAUUGAGUGGCCAGCUAGGUCACCCGAUUUAAGUCCACUUGAUUAUUUUCUGUGGGGUUAUCUCAAAGAUAGGAUGUACAAAAAUAAGCCUCAAAAUUUACAAGAAUUACGACAACGUAUACUAGACGAAUGUGCUAUUAUCCUAGCUGAUAAUGAGUCUUGCCUCAACUGGCUGGAAAGUAAUAAGUCUUGCCUUAGCUGGCUGGAUGAUCAAAAGUCUUGCCUUACCUGGCUGGAUAGUAACGAGUAUUGCCUUAACUGGCUGGAAGAUAAUAAGUCUUGCUUUAACUAG